AUGGCUGAAAUUUUCAAGGAUCUUCGAGAGCAAGGAAUUCAGAAAAAAAUUAUUUAUCCUGGACAAGGUGAGAUUCCAUCUUACGGCGAUGGGGUUGGAUGGAAGCUAACGUUCCAGUAUCACACAAGAAAAUGUGAUGAAACAGUUAUAGAUGAUAGCAAAAAACCAGGAAAUCAAUCUAUGGAAUUACUCUUGGGCAAAAAGUUUACUCUCCGCAACAUUGCUCGCUCAAAGGAUCAUGGUCACAGCCACACUGCACCACAGAAAUCUCAUUGCUGUGGCAUGAUGUCAAUGACCAAACAAGGACUUGGCUAUCCUGAUUUAGAUGCUUUACUCACAAAUCCAGAACCACUUAUUUUUACAUUAGAGUUGAUAAAGAUUGAGAGUCCUGGUGACUACAAACGUGAAGCAUGGGAAUUAAAUGAAACAGAAAAAUUGGAAGCCAUUCAAGUCUUACGUGAAGAGGGUAACAAUCUCUACAGAGAACAGAAUUUUGAUGAAGCAACUGACAGAUAUAGUGAAGCACUUGGCAUGUUAGAACAACUAAUGUUGAUAGAAAAGCCUGGCGAUGAAGGAUGGCAGAAACUGAACAAGAUGCAGAUUCCCCUGUUACUUAAUUUUUGUCAGUGUAAACUGUUGUCCAAUGAAUAUUAUACUGUGAUUGAACACUGCAAUACUGUGCUUAAACAUGAUCCUGACAAUGUGAAAGCUCUAUUUCGUCGAGGGAAAGCACAUAUUGGUGCCUGGAAUCCAGAAGACGCUAGAAAUGAUUUGGAGCGUGUGAUAGAACUUGACAGUAGUGCCACAAAAGAUGCCCGAAAACAGCUUAAAAUUUUGGAGGAAUUAAAAAAACAGAAAGAUCUUGAAGAUCGAGAAAGAUUGAGAGGAAAGCUAUUUGGCUGA